UGAGCCGUCCCGCCCCGCCGCCGCUAUGGGAGACUCAGGCGCGGAUCCCGAUCCCCGCCGGGGGCCGGGCCCGGAUCCGGCGCCCCAAGGGAACAACGGGGGGACGUCCCUGAGCGUCAUCUCCGAGGGCGUGGGCGAGCUGGCCCUCAUCGACCCCGAGGUGGCCCAGAAGGCCUGCGAGGAGGUGCUGGAGAAGGUGAAGCUGCUGCACGGGGCCGUCCCCAACGGGGACGCCGGCGAGGGCUGCGAGAUCCGCUGCCUGGACGAGCCCCGCAUCCGCGAGGAGGACGAGGAGGGCGCGGCCAACACGGUGAAGACGGCGCGGCGGCGGCAGAAGAACAACUCGGCCAAGCAGUCGUGGCUCCUGCGGCUCUUCGAGUCGAAGCUCUUCGACAUCUCCAUGGCCAUCUCCUACCUGUACAACUCCAAGGAGCCCGGCGUGCAGGCCUACAUCGGCAACCGGCUCUUCUGCUUCCGCCACGAGGACGUGGACUUCUACCUCCCGCAGCUGCUCAACAUGUACAUCCACAUGGACGAGGACGUGGGCGACGCCAUCAAGCCCUACAUCGUCCACCGCUGCCGCCAGAGCGUCGACUUCUCGCUGCAGUGCGCGCUGCUGCUGGGGGCCCUCUCCUCGGACAUGCACAUCUCCACCCAGCGCCACUCCCGCGGCACCAAACUGCGCCGCCUCAUCCUCUCCGACGAGCUCAAGCCCAGCUCGGCCCAGGGGCAGCAGCGGCGCCGGGAGCUGCCCCCCUCCUCCUCCUCCUCCUCCUCCUCGGUGGUGGGGGCGCCGGGGCCGGGCCAGGACGGCACGACGGGGCUGUCGCCCUCCAAGAGGACUCACCAGAGGUCCAAGUCGGACGCCACGGCCUCCAUCAGCCUGAGCAGCAACCUGAAACGCACGGCCAGCAACCCCAAGGUGGAGAGCGACGAGGAGCUUCCAGAGGUUCACACCAACAGCUGUGACAACAUCUCCCAGUUUUCCGUGGACAGCAUCACGAGCCAGGAGAGCCGGGAGCCCGUGUUCAUCGCUGCCGGGGACAUCCGGAGGAUCCGGGAAGGGUCUCCCUACGGACACCUCCCCUCCUGGAGGCUCCUCUCCGUCAUCGUCAAGUGCGGUGACGACCUCCGCCAGGAGCUGCUGGCAUUCCAGGUGCUCAAACAGCUCCAGUCCAUCUGGGAGCAGGAGCGGGUCCCGCUGUGGAUCAAACCCUACAAGAUCCUGGUGAUCUCGGCCGACAGCGGGAUGAUCGAGCCCGUGGUCAACGCCGUGUCCAUCCACCAGAUCAAGAAGCAGUCCCUGCUCUCCCUGCUGGAUUAUUUCCUGCAGGAGCACGGGAAUUACAACACCGAGUCCUUCCUGAGCGCCCAGAGGAACUUCGUGCAGAGCUGCGCCGGGUACUGCCUGGUCUGCUACCUGCUGCAGGUCAAGGACAGGUGGGAGAGCUCCAGGGCAGCCAAUUUAGGGGAUUCAGGCCUCUGGGGCCUCAAUUUCGUGUCCAGAGGAAGAAAUUCCCAUGCCUCUCCUAACUCCCAAAUUCCCCGAUUCCCAGGCUCCCAGCUCCCGUGUUUCCACGGCUCCUCGACCAUCCGGAACCUGAAGGAGCGUUUCCACAUGAACAUGACGGAGGAGCAGCUGCAGCUGCUGGUGGAGCAGAUGGUGGACGGGAGCAUGAGAUCCAUCACCACCAAGCUCUACGACGGCUUCCAGUACCUCACCAACGGCAUCAUGUGACCGCAUUCCCAAAAAAAACCAUCCCGGAUCCCGCCCCGCCCUCGGGAAAGGAGGAGCUUCCAGCGGGAGCGGCGGCUUUUCUCCUCCCCGGGGGUGGGACCGACCCCGAGGACCCGCAGGAAAAAAAAGAACCCACGGGAGAAAAACGAAAUGGAAAAGGAAAAAGAAAAAAAAAAAA